CCAAACCCGACUGAAAACCAGAUCCAACAGAUCCAACCGACCUCAAUUAAACGGCAAAAGCAAGCCCUGGAAAGAUAGAGAAUUUCUUUUGCUGCUUCGCAAUUGACUUCGAUCGCAAAGAGCGAAGAUAAGUGCUGCGAUUGAGUUUGUGUGUGUUGCGGGGGAAGGGGGUGGGCAUGAAUUUGCCAUCUGGAGACGCUGUGUCCAUAGUAACAGGCAGCUGAUUGCGGCCGGCGCACAAACACUGAAGCAGCUCCGGAAGGAGGGCGAUGCUGUCCGGCUCCAUCCAGAUCUCCGGAGAGACCCUCUCCUCGGCGGAGGUGAAAGACAUUUGUGACUCUCUGAGGACCAACUCGGUACGGCUAUUGUCUCUGAGGGGUUGUCACAUCUCAGACCGUGAUUUCCACCGCAUCAGCCGGCAUGUGGCGGACUGUCAGUCCCUGGCACAGCUCAACCUCAACCUCGGGGUAGUCAGUAACAUCAACCGAGUGAAACAACUGGCAGAAGCACUGGCAUCCAACAGGUCCAUCCACUCCCUCUUUCUCCAUGGUACUCCCCUAACUGAUUCUGGACUGGCUAUACUGAACCCUGUCCUAUCCCUGCAUCCCUCCCUGAUAUCACUGGAUCUUGGAGACUGUAUUCUGGGAGAUGAAGGAAUGAAUCUCAUCUGUGGAAUGUUGCCGCCGGACGGGGCAAAGUCAGGUCUGAAAGAGCUAACGCUGAGUGCUAAUCCUGCAAUUACAGUGAAGGGUUGGGCACGCCUGGCAAUUGCAGUUGCCCACAGUUCUCAGCUUCGUGUCCUUAACUUGGAUUAUAAUCCUUUAGGUGACCACAUUGCAGGGAUGUUAGCAGUUGCUGUGGCUUCUAGUCGGACCCUAGAAGUGGUGGAUCUGGAGGGGACAGGCCUUACGAAUCAGUCAGCUCAGAUAUUUCUGGACAUGGUAGAGAAUUAUCCCACCUCAUUACGGACGCUCAUCCUAGCAGAAAAUAAUAUCAGCUUGGAACUCCAGCAGCAAAUCUCUGAUCUACUUUCUGAGGGAGAGGAAGAGGAGGAAAAUGAGAAUGAAGGGCAAGAAGAUGCAGAAAGACAAAAGGAAAUCUGGAUUGCUCAGAGCAGUGAGGAAAUAUCUGGAAUCACAGGCUAUCCUCAUGUCAACACACCUUGAAGAUUCAUUGCUGGCAGAAACAGAAAUGUGACAGCAGAUGUUGGAUCCCUACUGUCGUGGGAUAUACUGCUCUACCAUUCACCCGUCUUUAGGUGCUGCUGUUGGAACUGAUUGGAUCAUUUACAGCUAUAACCCCUGUGUGACACUGACCCUACAAGCACUGGAGGGGAACCUCCAAUCACCUCACAUCAUGCCACUUUAUAUUUGUGUUUAUUUAUUUUAACAACUUAAUUUAGUCUAUAUCACAAUAGUCAUUGCACUGAAAAUGUAGUGAAUUUUGUAAAGCACUGAAGGUAUUUGAUGUGAUAAUGCACAGAGCUAUGGACGAACGAAUGAAUGAAGAGCAUGGACUCAAUGGGUCAGGUGGCCUUCUGUGAAGCAGAUUAUAAAGGGCCUGGCAUUAGCUCAGUUGUCUUUACCCAAGUUGAUAACUGUGCUGUCUUUGAAAUAAGCAGGUCAGAAAAUCUCACAAAAGUUAAUAUUUCCAUAAUGUUUUGUCAGUAAAAAUUAUUGACUGGAUUAGUGAAGUGCCUAAUUCUUAUUCUCUUCGAUUGACUUCACAUGAGACAAAGUGACAAUAAAACAACUGAACUAGCA